CUCCUCUUUUUUUUUCGAACUGAGCGUUGAGGCUGAGUCUGGCGCACUGGAGAGGAAGUCAAGUCGUGCUGGACUGGACUGACGCGCCAUACCUCGCAACUCGCAACCUUUAUUUAAACAAACAAAAAAAACAAACAUGUCCACACAUGAUGAUGGCAUGUAUGUGUUCGCUUAGCUCUACGCGGAUUUCUACUUGUUUUAUCUGAAUUCCUACAAGGCAUGGAUUUCCUUUUUGUGUGCUUCUUUCUUUCUUGUUCCAGUGUCUGCGGUAUUCGGGGGAAUCAGCACAGCGAGAGCAGUAUCUAUUUGGACAACAUCACGCGUAUAUUGGAUAGAUUACUGGACGGCUAUGACAACAGGCUGCGACCUGGAUUUGGAGGUCCAGUCACAGAAGUCAAAACAGACAUCUUUGUUACCAGCUUUGGACCUGUUUCAGAUGUGGAGAUGGAAUACACUAUGGACGUGUUCUUCCGCCAAACAUGGAUUGACGAACGCUUAAAAUUCGAAGGCCCCAUCGAGAUCCUGCGGCUCAACAACCUCAUGGUCAGCAAGAUCUGGACGCCGGACACAUUUUUCCGCAACGGCAAGAGGUCGAUCUCUCACAACAUGACCACCCCCAACAAGCUGUUCCGCAUCAUGCAGAACGGAACCAUCCUCUACACCAUGAGAUUAACUAUAAACGCCGAGUGCCCCAUGCGCCUGAUGAACUUCCCGAUGGACGGACACGCAUGCCCACUCAAGUUUGGGAGCUAUGCCUACCCUGUCAGCGAGAUCAUGUACACAUGGAAAAAAGGUCCUCUGUCUUCUGUCGAGGUCCCUCAGGAGUCAUCCAGUCUUUUGCAGUAUGACCUCAUCGGUCAAAGAGUGUCAAGUGAAAGGCUGAAGUCCAAUACAGGGGAAUACGUCAUCAUGACCGUCCACUUCCAUCUGCAAAGAAAAAUGGGAUUUUUCCUUAUCCAGACAUACAUUCCCUGCAUCAUGACGGUCAUUUUGGCACAAGUCUCUUUCUGGAUUAACAAGGAAUCUGUUCCUGCUCGGACUGUGUUUGGUAUCACCACCGUGUUGACCAUGACCACACUGAGUAUCAGCGCCCGCCACUCCCUCCCCAAAGUCUCCUACGCCACAGCCAUGGACUGGUUCAUCGCCGUUUGCUUCGCCUUCGUCUUCUCCGCCCUCAUCGAGUUUGCGGCUGUCAACUACUUCUCCACGCUGCAAGCCAACCGGGAGCUGCGCAAAGCGGCGGCCAUGAAGGCGGCGGCUCAAGAGGCCGCAGCUGCAGCUGCCACCCCAUCUGCCGCCACAGGAAAUGAUGGAGAGGUCUCCUCGGCGGACGUCAGUAACGUGUUGAAGAAGAGGAUGAAUUCUACUCCUCUCUUCGAUCGCCCGGCCAAAACCUUCCCCAACCCGCCCGUCAACGCCCAGGCCUUCCUGCAGCAGGGGUCCGCCAUGCCGGCCAACAACGUCCUGACGGGCACGAGCAUCAUCGACAAAUACUCUCGCAUCCUCUUCCCACUUUCCUUUGGCGCCUUCAACCUGGUCUACUGGAUUGUGUAUCUCACCAAGGACACCAUGGAAAUGUCCAGGGACACGGUCUGAAGCCAGAGAGCAUGGACAUCAUAUUUGACACACAUACAGAUACAACCGCAUAGACACACGAGUGCGAGCCAAUGAAAGCACUGGUCUCAUCAACCAUUCAUUGUGUGUGUGAUGCAUGCCCAGAAGUCUUUAAUGAUGCGUUGUCAGUCUUUUUAAGUUUGCUUGUGUCUUUAGACUAGAUGCAAUGUGCAACCAGUAUGUCUCUAGUUAGGACAGACACAAUCCUUAUCCUCACCGGAUCUUUACUGGUCGCUCGGCUGAGGCUGUGCUUUACUUCUUCAUGAUUGUAACAUGCAUGCAUCAUGGAAGAGAUUUAGCAUGUUUUCAUGUUGAAAAAGAUGAAGUGUACUCCAUGUGAUGGGUUGACUUAUCUUCUCCAAUUUCAUUUCCCUCCACGAAAAAUGGAGAUAAAGAGGACUUGAGGUAACAACUUCAAAAUAAAAGUGGCAUCCAUGAGAGCCAUGAGUGAAACUACAGUAUGGUGCAUCUGGUAGCUGUUUUGUGGGGGAGUACAUAAUAACAAAUACGGAAUAUAAGACAUUAUAGGUCUGAAUUGGACAUUUUGGAACCCUUUAAAAUGGAAAGGUGAUUAAAUGUGUACUGAAACAAGGUUACGAGACUUAUAAUAAUAAAAAGGCACCAGUUUGCUUAAAAAGACAAACAUAAAUAUUAGACUGUAGCAGUGGAAAAUGCUCAUGUGGUCCAAAUUGAUACAGUUUGACUAAAGAUGCAUGAGGUUGCACCUCAAAUGUGGUCAGGUCUAGGUUCCUCAAACGCUAUGCAGCCAAGUCGUGUUUGAUCAAAGUGAUGGUAUUUUUCAGGGCUUGGCAGUGUGCAAUGAAUGCUAUAUAUACUUUAUUAUAUGUAAGAAACUGAUAGAACAAGCAGACAUUGAAGCCAUCUGUUCCUUUGUGUACGUGCAUUUAUGUACUGUACAAUAAGGCGUUUAUGUAUCCAGGCAACAGCCUACUUUCAUGUGUUAUUACUAUCAUUCUUCUUGAAAAAUGUAUCUAAUUAAUACAGUCUUUUUUUUUAAUGAAGUAAAAAGUGCUUGCCGGUUCGUAAUUAAGACGACAGCUUCUGGCUUUUUGUUCUUGUUUAACGAUGGGGAGAGAAAAAUAGAAACCCUCAACCCAGAAUCAUCAAUUAUACAGAAUGCCAAAACACGUUCAUUAAUAAUCCACUUGUGAGGAUUAGGUACAGUUUAGUGAUGCUAACUAAGCGGCAGUAAGGUAACAUGCUGUCGUGUCUAAAUAAGGCGCUUCCUCGCCGCAUCCAUCAUCUUCCAGCUUUUUCCUCAUGAAGUGUCUCUUAUAAUAACGUCCCAAAAGAUAGAGGGACUAUAAAUACAUCAUACGGUACAUCUACAUAUGAUGUAUCCAAGUAUGCAUGAAAGAUUGAAAAAUAAUUAUAUAGAAAUCUAAGAGGGAAAAAAGAUGCAGUUUAACUUGGAAAGCAAUUUACAAUUAAAUAUGCCGAUAUUGUUAUUGGUAUGUUUUUUUAAUUAAAAAAAAAAUCCUAUGGGAUUGUUUAGAUGGAUGUAUUUGUUUAAACUAAAGAUAAAAACAUGUUUUAUUUUUAUCUGUUUAUUCUAAAAGAAAAAAUAUUAUUAUUAUUAUUAUUAUCAUGAUUAUAUUUAUUUUAUU